AUGAUCCCAUCAUCGAUAUUAUCGCAUCGAAUAUUAUCAGCAAUUAAUUCACCACAUUAUCAACGAUUUUCAUCAUAUCUUACUAAUGAGUAUGUGAACGCUAUUUCUGAACAUAGAACUGCAUCGUCAUCAUCUGAUCUAGGUGAUUUUACGUUUGGUAAUCCGCGUGAUAUGGCAUUGCCUGCAUUAUUAGCAUCAUAUCACAAAUACGUAGAACCAUUAAAUCCUGCAUGGUAUGCUUAUUGUAGUACAACGAAUAUUAAUGCACAUCCUUCUCGUACAAUUAUUGCAUCAAAUUUAUCGAAUAAAUUAUCACCUCUAUCAUUUGAAUAUGAAGAUAUUUAUUUAGUAAAAGGAAAGGACGGGGGCGAAUAAGACCACAAAUCGGCCCCCGGUCAAAACUUAAUUCAAUCACCUCAAAACCAAUAGCAAUUUACAGAUCUAUUGUUUUUAUGAUU